AUGGCGGCCUCGUCUUCUUCCUCCUGGGUGGUCGCGGCGGCGGCGCUGCUGCUCGUCGUCCUGGUGGCGCCGGCGGCGGCGCAGAAGGAGACGAAGCUGCGGGUGUUCUGGCACGACGUGGUGAGCGGGCCCAACGCCACGGUGGCGCAGGUGGCGGAGGCGCCGACGUCGAACGCCUCGGCCACGGGGUUCGGCACCGUGAUGGUCAUCGACGACCCGCUCACCGACGGGCCCAGCCUGACGGCGUCGAGGCUGGUCGGCCGCGCGCAGGGGAUGUACGUCGCCGCCGGCAAGGACACGCUGUCGCUGCUGAUGGCGAUGAACUUCGUGUUCGUCGGCGGGGAGUACAACGGCAGCAGCGUCGCCGUCUUCGGGCCCAACCCGGCGGAGCGCGCCGUGAGGGAGAUGCCGGUGGUGGGCGGAACCGGCGUGUUCCGGUUCGCGCGCGGCUACUGCCAGGCCAAGACGCGGUGGUUCAACGCCACCACCGGCGACGCCACCGUCGAGUACACCAUCCAUCUCCGCCACGAUUGAUUCUUUCAGCGAUCGAUGAUGAUGAUGAUACAUGUUAUAUAUAUAUGUAAUAAUGUCUGCUAAUUAAGUUCAUUUCUUGUUGCUUCUU